CACACACACACGCAGUGUGCACUCUCUCUCGAUACCUCGUGGCUGCCCUCAAUCGUGGCCACCGUCGUGUUUCUCGCUCCUUCUGCCCGGUCCUCCACCUCCACCUCCACCUCCACCUUCGCCUCCUCCUUUUUCGCCUCAUUCUCCCACCACGGUUCGCGAUCUUCGUCGUUCCUCGGUGCUCGAUACCGCGAUCCUUUGGCCUCUCUUCCGCCGUUCUCUCCGCGUGCUACUACCACCUCUACCGCUCGUCCAACUCCCACUCUGUUUUGUGCGUGAAGCACACACCCUCUCCGCCCUGUGACUCGGUGGCUCGUGCCAACGCGCAUCCACCCAGCGUCGAUAUACCACGAUAUCGCGACGGAUACCAACGACGCGGGGAUACGCGGCUGAUCUACCGCGUGCGCGCGAUCGCGAUCUCGAUCUCGAUCCCGAUCCCCGAUCCUGAUCACGAGACGCGCGACCUGCGCCUCACCCGAAACGGAGGAGUCAGUGCUCGGUGGUGUUGUCGAAGCUCUGCGUGUUUUCUCUCGUCUAACCUGUCUCUUCGUGGUACGUCUCUUCCUGACGAGGACGUCGCGCGCGCGCGAGAAAAAGAGAGAGAGAGAGAGAGAGAGAAAGAGAGUGUGUGUGUGUGUGUCGCGAAGUGUACGCGCGCGUGUGCGCGCGUGCUCGAUCGACCGAGCGUCGACGAGGUGGUCGUCGCGAGUUUUCACCGAUCGGUGGAUCAUCUUCGCAACCUGUGACACGCGAAUCGAACGUGGGAAUCGAACGCGUGUGGAACGCGAGUAAUAGGCGAUCGAUCGGGCCCAACCGGGUGGUCGGUGUACGUCGGCCAGUGGUGGUUGUCGACCAACCCAAGGACCAACGAAUCGUCGCCAAGCUAACCAACCCAUCGCGAGGAUGCCGCGCUCGGGAUCGAGAUACCGAGGUCGUCCAGCAAACUCUGUCUAGUGCGCGUGUGAGUGAGGAAAAAAAAAAAGUGCGUUGAUCGUGAAUUGGGCCGCGGCACGUCGUCGUUGUCGAGGUGGUGGUGGUGGCGGCGGCGCGAAACGGACGAUCGAAACGAAAAGACCGAAAACGAAAGGGAACGUCGCGUUACUCUACUCUAAAAUCUCGGAAGAAAUCUCGGAGAGCAUAGUGCAUAGGGAACAAGGAGGAGUCAUCGUGAGAAGAACGAGUGCGUGAAAAGAACGACGUACGAGAGGUGAAAACGACGUAGAGUGGUGGUGGGUGGUUAUUGACGAUCGAGGUAACGACGACGAGAAGCGAACGACGAGAAUCGAAGAGCAAGAAUCGAGAAGGAGCAGGGACGAAGGACGAGGGGUGGUCGGUGGUGGUUGCAGUCAAGAAGAGGAAACCGGCAGGGUGGUUCGAGGUGGGACAGGAGGCGCUGACGCCCUGGCGACUGCCGGGGUGGUUUACCCGGCCGCAACAGCGACGUUGUUUCCUGGCCGGGUGUCAGCUGGACACCACCACCCCGAGUUCACCACCACGUUGGAGGUGGGGUUCCCGGCGCGCGGCACCACCGCCUCUAUGGCGUUGGUAGCCGCGCCGCCCUCGUGGUCUUCGCGAGACCCCGGGGCCAGCUUGGCCGCAACCGGUGCAGCCGCUGCUGCUGCCGCCGCUGCAGCCGGUGCAGCGGCUGCAGCAGCGUCCGCCGCUGGUCCGGGCCCUAUACAGAUCGCCCCACCGCCCCCGAUGCCGCCGACUCACCUGACACCAUCCGCAACGCCGGAGGACAUCACCUGCCUCGUGCCAGCCGCUGGUGCUGUUCUCACGCCCAGAGACCCCCUGCCGCCCAGCACCACCCCCGGAAGUCAAGCAAACAGCUCGCAAUCCGGUAGCUCGCAAACUGACAAAUCGCCCAACAUCGAGUGCGUCGUCUGCGGGGACAAGAGCAGCGGCAAACACUACGGCCAGUUCACCUGCGAAGGAUGCAAGAGCUUCUUCAAGAGGAGCGUCAGGAGAAACCUAACCUACUCGUGUCGAGGAAAUAGAAACUGUCCCAUCGACCAACACCAUAGGAAUCAGUGCCAGUUCUGCCGAUUGAAAAAGUGCCUGAAGAUGGGCAUGCGCCGGGAAGUUGGUUCAUAUGUUGCAGCCGUGCAGAGGGGCCGAGUGCCACCGUCGCAGCCAUCGCUACCAGGUUUACCGGGGCAGUUUGCCCUAACGAACGGUGAUGCGGUCGCGUGUGCCAGCCUGAACGGUCAUUCUUACCUCUCCUCGUACAUAAGCCUUCUCCUGAGGGCGGAACCGUAUCCAACCUCGCGGUACGGCCAGUGCAUGCAGCCGAACAACAUCAUGGGGAUCGACAACAUCUGCGAGCUCGCGGCGAGAUUGUUGUUCUCGGCGGUCGAGUGGGCCAGGAACAUCCCGUUCUUCCCAGAUCUUCAAGUCACCGACCAGGUCGCCCUGCUCAGGCUAGUUUGGAGCGAGUUGUUCGUGUUGAACGCGAGCCAGUGCUCGAUGCCUCUGCACGUGGCGCCGCUGCUGGCCGCGGCCGGCCUUCACGCCUCCCCCAUGGCGGCGGAUCGCGUCGUCGCUUUUAUGGACCACAUCAGGAUCUUUCAGGAGCAAGUGGAGAAACUCAAGGCUCUUCACGUCGACUCCGCGGAGUACAGCUGCCUAAAGGCCAUCGUCCUCUUCACCACAGUUGGAACGUUCCCGUGGUAGGCUACACACUCAUGA